AGUGAGAAAGUUUUAUCUGCCAACAAAUCUGAUUUUGAGGACUGUUAUAGCCAAAGAAUCCUUCUGUGUAAAAAAAAACUGAUUUAUUUAACAUAGUAAAUAUUUCUUUUUAUUUCUAAACCUGUCCAACUCACAGAAUCCAAAUACUGUGUUAAUAUGUACAGUGGUGCUUGAAAGUUUGUGAACCCUUUAGAAUUUUCUACAUUUCUGCAUAAAUAUUAUCUAAAACAACAUCAGAUUUUCACACAAGUCCUAACAGUAGAUAAACAGAACCCAAUUAAACAAAUGAAACAAAAAUAUUAUACUUGAUCAUUUAUUUAUUGAGGAAAAUGUGAGAGAGGCCUUUAGUUGCUUAGAAGUUACCCUGAUGAUUAAUAUGAGAAGAUGAUGAUGAUGAUGUUGAUGAUGAUGGGGAUGAUGAUGAUGAUGAUAAUAAUGAUGAUGAUGGUGUUGGUGAUGAUGAUGAUGAAGAAGAUGAUGAUGAUGAUGAUAAUAAUAAUGAUGAUGGUGGUGUUGAUGAUGGUGUGGGUGAUGAUGAUGAUGAAGAUGAUGAUGGUGGUGGUGGUGGUGUUGGUGUUGGUGGUGAUGAUGAAUAUGAGAAGAUGAUGAUGAUGAUGGUGGUGGUGUUGGUGUUGGUGGUGAUGAUGAUGAAUAUGAGAAGAUGAUGAUGAUGAUGAUGGUGGUGUUGGUGGUGAUGAUGAUGAUGAAUAUGAGAAGAUGAUGAAGAUGAUGAUGAUGGUGGUGGUGGUGGUGGUGUUGGUGGUGAUGAUGAUGAUGAUGAAUAUGAGAAGAUGAUAAUGUUGAUGGUGAUGAGGAUGAUGAUGAUGGUGGUGGUGGUGUUGGUGGUGAUGAUGAAUAUGAGAAGAUGAAGAUGAUGAUGUGUUUUGACACUGUCUCUGAAUGUGUGAACUCUUUAGCAGCUUCAGCCCAACACCACGCGUCUUAAUGAGUGAGGGAACUAAUCUAGUGCACUAUGUAGUACAGUAGUGUGUGAGUGGUUUAGGACGCAGACCUGUCCUGCGCCGUGAUGCGGGAGCGCGCGACUGUCGCGCCUUCACCGGGAGCAGACCGGGAGUGUGUGUGUGUGUGUGUGUGUGUGAAGGAGAGAGAGGCAGCACGUGAUCUCAGCUCCGCGCGAUCUGUAAUCAGAGAAGCUGAGUUGUUUGUUUGUUUUUAUGUUUUUAUGUAUAGUUUGGUGUGAAUAAUGAAUAACGCGUCGCUUCUCCCCUCCACUAACUUCACCAACCAGUUCGCGCAGCCGCCGUGGCGCGUGGCUCUGUGGUCGCUGGCAUACAGCUGCGUGGUGCUGGUGGCAGUGUUCGGGAACCUGGUGGUGAUCUGGAUAAUCGUGGCGCACAAGCGCAUGCGGACGGUCACCAACUACUUCCUGCUGAACCUGGCGGUGUCGGACGCGUCCAUGGCGGCGCUCAACACUCCGGUCAACUUCGUGUAUGCGGCGCACGGGGACUGGUACUUCGGGGACGCGUACUGCAAGUUCCACAACUUCUUCCCGGUGACCGCCGUGUUCGCCAGCAUCUACUCCAUGACCGCCAUCGCCGUGGACAGGUACAUGGCGAUCAUCCACCCACUGAAGCCGCGUUUCUCAGCCACGUUAACUAGAGUGGUGAUCGCGUGUGUGUGGGGAGCGGCGGUGGUGCUGGCCUUCCCGCUGAGCUUCUAUUCAAACACCAAAGCCAUUCGCAAUAGGACACUGUGUUAUGUGGCCUGGCCGAGACUCCACAAUUAUGAAUUGAUGUACCAUAUCAUCGUAGCCUUGCUGGUGUAUCUGCUGCCCCUAAUGGUGAUGGCGUUCACAUACAGCGUGGUUGGAGUCACACUGUGGGGCGGCGGCAUGCCGGGAAAUUCCUCUGACAACUACCUGGAGCAGCUACAGGCAAAGCGCAAGGUGGUGAAGAUGAUGAUGGUGGUGGUGGUGACCUUCGCUCUGUGCUGGUUGCCGUAUCACGUCUAUUUCAUCAUCACAGGUCUUUACGCCAACAUCAGAAAGUGGAAAUUCAUCCAGCAGGUUUAUCUGGCAGUGCUGUGGCUGGCCAUGAGCUCCACCCUCUACAACCCCAUCAUCUACUGCUGCCUGAACAGCAGGUUCCGCGCAGGUUUUAAGCAAGUGUUCCGCUGGUGUCCCUUCAUCACCGUGUCUCACCUGGAUGAGCUGGAGCUGAAAUCGGCCCGAUUCCAGAGGAACCGUCAAAGCAGUCUGUUCGUGGUGACCCGCCUGGAGUCCAGUGUUGACACGCACACCUCACACUCCUCACGCCGCAAGAGCUCCGCCGCCAGUCGCCAUAGCAGCCUCAGCAGCCAAUCACGUCUCACCACCCGCCUCUCUCUGAAUGGCUGUCAGCACACCCCUGCUAUAAACAACACGCCAACCUAGUGCGCCUCUCGGCCAAUCAGACACCAGAAUCAGAGGGGUUACGGACAAAAAUUCGUGAUGUGUAUAGUCGAGGAUGAAUUACUCGGAAGGUCUCUAAAAGUUACUCUACUUCCUGUUAAAUAACUUCCUCUUCCUUUUUACUGAGUGUGAGGUGAGUGCAGUGCUGUCCUUCUUCUUCUUCUUCUUCUUCUUCUUCUUCUUCGUUCACACUCAUUUUUUAUUUUAAAAAAUAGCUUUUUUAUAAACUUUACACAGUUUUAGAUUAAAGUGGAAACUUUAUUUUGGGGAAUUUAAAUUGCAUGAUGUCAUAGUAUGCAUGUUAAAACAACCAAUCAGCAGG